AUGAGGACUAUCCUAAAACAGAGGGAUAGCUUGGUGGAUAUUCAACAGGUUUGGAAUCGCAUGUUAACUAGUGAUAAGUUUAGGAUGACUGAUAUUUAUCUGGCAAUCUGUAGUAAUGCCCCCAAAGUAAUGUGGAAGAACAUACUCCGAAAUAAUGUUGCUCGACCAAGGGCUCUGAUAACGAUGUGGUUUGCGUGUCACGGAAGAUUGGCUACUAAACAACGCCUUUUUCGAUUUGGUAUGAUCACUGAUGAUAGAUGUUGUCUGUGUACUAAAGAGGAGGAAACCAUUAAUCAUAUAUUAUUCUACUGUCCUGAAACGGUGCAUAUAUGGACCAAGGUCCUAGAUUGGAUCCAGAUUCCGCAUGUCCCGCGACCGUGGGAUGAAGAAAUGGACUGGGUGUGCAAGAGCACGAGCGGUAAGGGCUGGCGAGCGUCCCUCCUGAAACUGGCUAUAACGGAAACGGUUUAUGGUAUUUGGCAAUACCGUAAUGACAUUUGUUACGGUAAUAUUAUAGAUAAGAUAAAAAUUGGUGAUAAUAUUAUGGAUAUGAUUGUUUAUAGGGGAUGGUAUAACCAGAAACUCAGGCCGCACAUUGCUCACUUGAUGACUUAUUAG